AUGAGCGGCAGCGCGCUGCAAAGAGUGCAACAAUGCCUUGAGCGACAAGCAAGACAUUGCGGACUCAAUGCUUUUGUCACCCGUGCCAAUGCGACACAAAUACAGGAUGCAGCUCGUGCGAUAGUUGACAGCGAAUCUGGUGGUAUGUAUUCUAUUCCGUCCGUCACAUCCAAGAAAGACAUUGACAGGGACAGACUCGACAAAGUCAACNNACUCGCCGGAAGGACAAUCGCUGUCAAGGACAACAUCGUCACGAAAGACUACCCGACCACGGCAUCUUCAAAGAUUCUUGACGCAUACAAGUCGCCGUACAAUGCAACUGUAGUCGACAAACUCGUAUCGGCUGGUGCUCUAGUAUGUGGAAAAACCAAUCUGGAUGAGUUUGGAAUGGGAUCACACACUCGGCCAGUCUUCACAUCAGCUACAAAAAGCCCGUACACGCGUAAUGGAGAGCCUCUUUCGGCUGGUGGAAGCAGUGGAGGAAGUGCGGUAGCAGUCGCAACGGCUCAGGCAUGGGCUGCUCUCGGAACAGAUACUGGAGGUUCGGUCAGACUUCCUGCUGCAUACACUGGUACUGUUGGUUUCAAGCCUAGCUACGGCCGAUUGAGUCGAUGGGGUGUCAUUGCCUAUGCUAAUUCACUUGAUACUGUUGGUACACUGACUCAGAAGGUUGAGCAUGCGCGAGAAAUCUUCAACAAGCUGGACGAAAUCGAUCAUAUGGAUCCUACGAGCUUGUCACAAACAGUCCGUAAGAGGAUUGCAGGUCAAACUACCGAUUGGUCUUCGGACAGGAAAUUGCGUAUUGGCAUCCCAGUGGAAUACAACACUGCUUCACUAUCAUCCGAAGUCCGACAAACCUGGUCUCGGCUCUUGAGAUCCCUGCAAGAUGUUGGACACUCACUUCAUCCAGUCUCGCUACCUUCGACCCAUCAAGCACUUUCGGCCUACUACGUUUUGGCACCUGCAGAGGCUUCGUCCAAUCUUGCAAAGUACGAUGGUGUACGCUAUGGUCAUCGUACCUCAGGUCCUGAUGCCAAUCCUAAAGAUAACCUUCCAUUAUUCGCCGCCACCAGAGGUGAAGGAUUUGGUCCCGAGGUUCAACGUCGUAUCCUUCUAGGUGCUUACACGCUGAGCUCGGAAGCGAUGGACAAUUACUUUGUCCAAGCGCAGCGAGUGCGCAGAUUGGUGCAAAUGGACUUUGACAAUGUGUUUGCCCAACAGAAUCCGCUGCUGGAUGCACAAGCCGAGAACUCGAGCGAUACAGCCAAUGUAGAUGUUCUAAUCGCGCCAACAGCUCCGACGUUACCACCAACGCUGGCCGAAAUGGAGAAGCUGAGCCCGGUUGAGAUGUACAUGAACGAUGUGUUGACGGUGCCUGCGAGUCUGGCUGGGCUGCCAGCUCUGAGCGUGCCUGUCAAGCUUCAGGGUGGUGCAAAGGAGGCAGAUGAUGUUGACUUUGUUGGCAUGCAGGUAAUCGGACAAUUUGGUGAUGAUGCCUUGGUCCUUGAAGUCGGACAAAUCAUCGAGGAGUUGCAAGCCAAAGCUGCUUGA